GAUCCUGGGAGGUGUGCUUGCAAUGUGCUUCGGACAGUAUGAUGACGACUGGCAAUAUGAGGAUUGCAAACUAGCUAGGGGAGGACCUCCAGCCACCAUAGUCGCUAUUGAUGAAGAAAGUCGGAACGGUACCAUUAUCGUGGAUAACAUGCUGAUCAAAGGGACUGCGGGAGGACCAGACCCCACCAUCGAACUUUCUUUAAAGGACAACGUGGAUUACUGGGUGUUACUGGACCCCAUCAAGCAAAUGCUCUUCCUGAACAGCACAGGCAGAGUUCUGGAUAGAGACCUCACUCCAGUUGGCACCACAAUAUUUAUAGGGUUUUCAGGGGACAACGGAGCUACAGACAUAGAUGAUGGACCAAAUGGACAGAUAGAAUACGUCAUCCAGUACAAUCCAGAGGACCCGACAUCCAAUGACACCUUUGAAAUCCCCCUCAUGUUGACAGGAAACGUAGUGUUAAGAAAGAGGCUCAACUAUGAAGAUAAGACUCGAUACUUUGUCAUCAUCCAAGCUAAUGACCGGGCACAAAAUCUGAACGAGCGGCGAACCACCACCACCACGCUCACGGUGGAUGUUCUGGAUGGAGAUGACUUGGGUCCGAUGUUUCUUCCUUGUGUCCUUGUGCCAAACACUCGGGACUGUCGCCCGCUCACCUACCAAGCUGCCUUACCUGAGCUCAGAACUCCGGAAGACCUGAACCCCAUCAUCGUUAGCCCGCCCAUCCAGGCUGCUGACCAGGACCGGAAUAUUCAGCCACCAUCAGACAGGCCAGGCAUCCUCUACUCCAUCCUUGUUGGGACUCCGGAGGAUUACCCACGAUUUUUCCAUAUGCAUCCCAGGACUGCAGAACUUAGUCUCCUGGAGCCUGUAAACAGAGAUUUUCACCAGAAAUUUGAUUUGGUUAUUAAGGCUGAACAAGACAAUGGUCACCCUCUGCCUGCCUUUGCCAGUCUACAUAUUGAAAUACUGGAUGAAAACAACCAGAGUCCGUACUUCACGAUGCCCAGUUAUCAAGGCUACAUCCUUGAGUCAGCCCCGGUGGGAGCCACUAUCUCCGACAGUCUGAAUUUGACCACCCCUCUUAGAAUCGUGGCUCUGGACAAAGACAUAGAAGACGUUCCACCGGGUGGAGUUCCUACGAAAGACCCAGAGCUUCACCUUUUUCUGAAUGAUUACACCUCCGUCUUCACUGUCACGCAGACUGGUAUCACUCGCUACCUCACGCUACUUCAACCAGUGGAUCGGGAAGAGCAGCAAACUUAUACUUUUUCGAUAACAGCAUUUGAUGGCGUGCAAGAAAGCGAACCAGUUAUUGUCAAUAUUCGGGUAAUGGAUGCAAAUGAUAACACUCCAACCUUCCCAGAAAUAUCCUAUGAUGUCUAUGUUUAUACAGACAUGAGCCCUGGGGACAGUGUCAUACAGCUCACCGCGGUGGAUGCAGAUGAAGGGUCUAAUGGAAAGAUAACCUAUGAAAUCCUGGUUGGGGCUCAGGGAGACUUCACCAUCAACAGAACCACGGGGCUCAUCACCAUCGCUGAAGGAGUGGCGCUGACAGUGGGGCGCACCUAUGCACUCACAGUCCAGGCAGCUGAUAACGCGCCUCCUGCUGAAAGAAGGCACUCCAUCUGCACCGUGUACAUUGAAGUGCUCCCUCCAAAUAAUCAAAGCCCUCCCCGCUUCCCACAGUUGAUGUACAGCCUUGAAAUCAGUGAAGCCAUGAGGAUCGGUGCUGUUUUAUUAAAUCUACAGGCAACUGAUCGAGAGGGAGACCCAAUCACAUAUGCCAUUGAGAAUGGAGAUCCCCAACGAGUUUUUAAUCUUUCAGAAACUACUGGGAUUCUAACCUUAGGGAAAGCCCUGGACAGGGAGAGCACGGAUCGCUACAUUCUGAUCGUCACUGCUUCAGACGGCAGGCCUGAUGGGACCUCAACUGCCACAGUCAAUGUGCUGGUGACAGAUGUCAAUGACAAUGCCCCAGUGUUCGAUCCCUAUCUGCCUCGAAAUCUCUCUGUGGUGGAAGAAGAAUCCAAUGCCUUUGUGGGUCAAGUAAGGGCGACAGACCCCGAUGCGGGAAUAAAUGGCCAGGUGCACUACAGCCUGGGCAACUUCAAUAAUCUCUUCCGCAUCACAUCCAACGGGAGCAUUUACACCGCAGUGAAGCUUAACAGAGAGGUCAGGGACUACUACGAACUUGUCGUCGUGGCCACCGACGGAGCGGUUCACCCUCGUCACUCAACUCGAACACUGGCCAUCAAAGUUUUGGAUAUCGAUGACAACAGUCCCGUGUUCACCAACUCAACAUACACGGUCGUCGUGGAGGAGAACCUGCCGGCUGGAACCACCUUCCUUCAGAUAGAGGCCAAAGAUGUUGACCUUGGAGCAAAUGUAUCUUAUCGGAUAAGAAGCCCAGAAGUAAAGCACUUUUUUGCACUACAUCCAUUUACAGGAGAACUCUCCCUCUUAAGGAGUUUGGACUAUGAGUCAUUUCCAGACCAGGAAGCAAGCAUCACUUUUCUUGUGGAGGCCUUCGAUAUUUAUGGAACAAUGCCACCGGGCAUAGCUACUGUCACAGUGAUAGUGAAGGAUAUGAAUGAUUAUCCUCCAGUAUUUAGCAAACGAAUCUACAAAGGGAUGGUGGCUCCAGAUGCUGUCAAGGGCACACCUAUCACCACCGUUUAUGCUGAAGACGCGGACCCUCCUGGAUUACCUGCAAGUCGUGUGAGAUACAGAGUAGAUGAUGUCCAGUUUCCUUAUCCUGCUAGUAUCUUUGAUGUAGAAGAAGAUUCUGGAAGAGUAGUAACUCGGGUCAAUCUUAAUGAAGAACCUACAACAAUUUUUAAGUUGGUUGUUGUGGCUUUUGAUGAUGGUGAGCCUGUGAUGUCCAGUAGUGCCACGGUGAAAAUUCUUGUCUUACAUCCUGGAGAAAUCCCACGCUUCACACAAGAGGAAUACAGACCCCCUCCAGUGAGCGAACUUGCUGCCCCAGGCACAAUGGUCGGUGUGAUUUCCGCAGCAGCCAUCAAUCAGAGCAUCGUGUACUCCAUUGUUGCGGGAAACGAAGAUGGUAUGUUUGGGAUCCACAACAUCACAGGGGUUAUCUAUGUCAAUGCCCCUCUGGAUUAUGAGACAAGACCGAGCUAUGUGCUCUGCGUGCAGGCGGAUUCCCUGGAGGUGGUCCUCGCCAAUCUCCGAGUUCCCUCGAAAAGCAAUACGGCUAAAGUGUAUAUUGAGAUUCAGGAUGAAAAUGAUCAUCCCCCAGUGUUUCAGAAAAAGUUCUACAUUGGAGGUGUGUCUGAAGAUGCAAGAAUGUUCACUUCUGUGCUCAGAGUUAAGGCUACUGAUAAAGAUACCGGCAAUUAUAGUGCCAUGGCAUACCGACUCAUCAUUCCGCCAAUUAAAGAGGGAAAAGAAGGAUUUGUGGUAGAACCGUAUACAGGGCUCAUCAAAACUGCUAUGCUUUUCCACAACAUGAGAAGGUCCUACUUCAAAUUCCAAGUCAUCGCGACUGACAACUAUGGGCAGGGACUCAGUGGCAAAGCAGAUGUGCUGGUCUCUGUGGUCAAUCAGCUGGACAUGCAGGUCAUCGUUUCCAACGUGCCCCCGACCCUGGUGGAGAAAAAGAUAGAAGACCUUACAGAGAUUUUGGAUCGGUAUGUUCAGGAGCAGAUUCCUGGCGCCAAAGUGGUGGUGGAGUCCAUCGGUGCUCGCAGGCACGGGGAUGCCUUUUCACUGGAAGAUUACACCAAAUGUGACCUGACUGUCUAUGCAAUCGACCCCCAAACCAACAGAGCCAUCGACAGAAAUGAGCUUUUUAAAUUUCUGGAUGGCAAACUGCUUGAUAUCAAUAAAGAGUUUCAGCCGUAUUACGGGGAAGGAGGACGUAUUCUGGAGAUCCGGACUCCGGAGGCAGUGACCAGCAUUAAAAAGCGAGGAGAAAGCCUAGGCUACACAGAAGGGGCCCUGCUGGCGCUCGCCUUCAUCAUCAUCCUCUGCUGCAUCCCCGCCAUCUUGGUAGUUCUGGUCAGCUACAGACAGUUUAAAGUACGUCAAGCCGAGUGCACCAAGACUGCGCGCAUCCAGUCCGCGUUACCAGCGGCCAAGCCUGCUGCACCUGCUCCCGCACCUGUGACCGCGCCCCCGCCGCCCCCGCCGCCCCCCGGGGCGCACCUGUAUGAGGAGCUGGGCGACAGCACCAUGCAUAAGUAUGAGAUGCCUCAAUAUGGAAGCCGUCGCCGUCUGUUACCGCCUGCUGGACCAGAGGAGUAUGGUGAGGUGGUUGGUGAAGCUGAGGAAGAAUAUGAGGAGGAAGAGGAAAAGCCCAAGAAAAUUAAAAAACCUAAAGUUGAAGUUAGGGAGCCUAGUGAGGAGGAAGAAGUGGCGGUCACCAUCGAGGAGCCGCCACCGGCUGAGCCUCCCUACACGAUGUGGAAGAGGGCCAGGAUAUUCCCAAUGAUUUUCAAGAAGGUGAGAGGCCUGGCAGAGAGGAGGGGCGCCCUGGACCUCGAGGGGGAAGAGUGGCAGAGGCGCCUCGAGGAGGCGGACAAGGAUUACCUGAAACUCACCCUGGACCAAGAGGAAGCCACGGAGAGCACGGUGGAGUCCGAGGAAGAAUCCUCCAGCGACUACACGGAGUACAGCCAGGAGGAAUCUGAGUUCAGCGAGUCAGAGACCACGGAGGAGGAGUCUGAGUCCGGGACGCCCUCGGAGGAAGAGGAGGAGAGCUCUACUCCCGAAUCCGAAUCCGAGGAGUCGGAGUCCACGGAGUCCGAAGAGGAGAAGGCCCGGAAGAACAUCUUUCUGGCCAGAAGAAGGCCAGUUGUUGAAGAGGUCAAGGAGGUCAAGGGUAGAAAAGAGAAGCCUCCGGAAGAGCGAGCGGAGGCGCCCAGGGAGGAGGAGGAAGAGGAGGAGGAGGAGGAGGAGGAGGAGGAGGGGGCGGCCGAGGAGGAAAGCCUGCCGGCCUCUGCGGACCCGCCAGUGGGGCCAGAGGGCGCCAAGGAGGGCAGCGCAGAGGCCGCGUCCAGGGAGGAGGGCUCGGCCAGCGGGGAGGAGUCGGAGCCGGGCAGUAGUGGCAGCAGCAGCGGCAGCAGCAGCAGCAGCAGCGAGAGCUUGUCCGGGGGGCCCUGGGGCUUCCAGGUGCCGGAGGGGGACCGCAGCAAGAGUGCACGCCGCGACAAGCGUCCAGGAGGCCCCAAGCGCUACGACACGGCCCUCUGAGAGCAGGGACAGUGGGCGAGGAGCCAGAUGAUCAGGCUCGUUGUGGACCGGGAAUUCGAGGCCAGCUCCACCGG